AUGAUGCGUCGUCUGAUGAUUGCCCAACCCGCCGCUGUGCGCCGCGUUGUGACGCCCGCCGUCUCUUCGGCGUUAGCCGUGCGCCGCGCCUCGACGGUGGCCAUCUCCGUGCAGGGCCUGCACUACGUCGGCACUGGCCUUGCGGCUAUUGCGCUGGCUGGCGUUGGCCUCGGCAUUGGCACCAUCUUCGGCAACCUGCUGGUCGCCUGCGCGCGGCAGCCAAACUUGACCAAGAUGCUGUUCAACUACGCCAUUCUUGGCUUCGCCCUGACGGAGGCUAUCGGCCUGUUCGCGCUGAUGCUUGCCUUCCUGAUGCUCUUCUCGUAG